AUGAGCAUCAUGGCGCGAACUUUCCGGGAGCAGCUCUGCGUCCUGCUGCUGAGUCUGAGCGUCCUGACGGGAGACGGCAGGUACAUCGAGAACAACGAGAUCGCGCAGGAUGAGUUGUUUUCACUUUUCAACCCAGAACUGAAGAGAGAAACGCCGGAGGAACUCAUGUUCCGCCGCCCUCUACGUUGUCUGGACAUGGUGGCAGUGGAGGGUCACUUCACCUUCACGGCCGACCGCCCUCAGCUGAGCUGCGCCGCCUUCUUCAUGUCAGAGCCCAACCAAGUCAUCAGCGUGGACUUGGAUCAAGUGGACGUGGACUGUGCCGGAGGAGACUUCAUCACGGUUUUCGACGGCUGGGUGAUGAAAGGGGAGAAGUUCCCCAGCUCCCAGGACCACCCGCUGCCCAUGUACGAGCGCUAUGUGGACUACUGCGACUCCCAGAGGACCAGUGUCAGGGCGUCUCAGAACGUGGCCAUGAUCUUCUUCCGGGUGCACAACGCCGGCAGUAGCUUCACAGUGACCGUCAGGAAAAUCCUCAACCCCUUCCCCUGCAAUGUCCUGUCUCAGUCGCCAGAGGGCAGCUACACGAUGGUGAUUCCUCAGCAGCACAGGAACUGCAGCUUCUCCAUCAUCUACCCGGUGGAGCUGGACAUCUCCGAGUUCAGCCUGGGACACCGCACUGGCUUCCCAAAGAGGUCCAUGCCCGGGUGUGCCGAGUCCGGAGACUACGUGCAGCUCCUGGGAGGGAACGUCAUCGACUCGUCCAAGCUGCUGCCCAUCACCGACAUCUGCGUCUCCUUCACCGGGCCCACGCACAUGAAGGUGGGCUGCGACAACACGGUGGUCCGGAUGGUCUCCAGUGGCCGCUUCGUCAACCGUGUGUCCUUCAGCUACCGCCUCCUCAACAGCCAGGAGCUGCAGACGCUCAAGCUCAACAACGUGGAAGACUUCUGCUUCAACAACUAGGCCUCCGUCAGAGUGAAGCCAGCUCACCGCAUCAGCAGUAUUUAUUUUGUAUUAUUUACUUUCAACGGCAUUUAUUUGUCUUUGGGCCAAACUUGAGUCGGUGCUAAACAACUUUAUGGGUCGAUGAUGUCAUUUCCUGCAACAUGAUGAUGUCACACGGUGAAGAGACUGGUGCGUGUAAUGUCUGAAUUUACAUUUGUACAAAGGUUUUUGUAAUAAAACA